AUGGCGUGGUUCCAACAUGUUAAAUUAUAUAUAGCUUCAUGCAUAAAUCUAUUCACAAAGAUCCAGAAGCCAUACCUCUCCAUGGCCAUGGAUUCCAAAGAAUGUUCAUUGUUGCCUUUUGAGUUAUUUGAAGAAAUACUUUGUAGGGUUCCAACUAAAUCUCUUUUACGACUCAAGUUGACGUGCAAACGAUGGCUCGCUCUUUUCAACGACAAGAGAUUCAUUUACAAGCACUUAGCUCUUGUUCGGGAACAUAUCAUAAGGACCAAUCAAAUGGUUAAGAUCAUCAACCCGGUAGUUGGAGCUUGCUCAUCUUUUUCACUUCCUAACAAGUUUCAAGUGAAAGGUGAGAUUUAUACUAUGGUUCCCUGCGACGGGUUAUUGUUAUGCAUUUUCGAAACAGGUUCAAUGGCAGUUUGGAACCCAUGUUUGAACCAGGUUAGAUGGAUCUUUCUCCUGAAUCCUUCUUUCCGGGGUUGUAGUUGCUACGGCAUUGGAUAUGACGGUUUAUCUCGGGAUAGCUACAAAAUCUUGAGGUUCGUAAACGGUGUUUUUACCAAAAACGAGUAUGCAAAUACGGGCUCUUACAAACCAGAGGUUGAUAUUUAUGAAUUAAAGUCUAAUUCUUGGAAAACUUUUAAAGUUUCUUUGGAUUGGCAUGUGGUUUUGCGUUGUAAAGGUUUGUCACUCAAAGGAAACAUGUAUUGGAUUGCUAAAUGGAACCGUAAACCCGACAUCUUCAUCCAAAGCUUUAACUUCUCUACAGAGACAUUUGAGCCCUUGUGCUCUCUUCCCGUUAGGUAUGAUGUACAUAAUGUUGUAGCUUUAUCAGCUUUCAAAGGAGACAAUCUUUCUUUGUUACACCAAAGCAAAGAAACAUCAAAGAUCGAUGUAUGGGUUACUAACAAGGUUAAGAACGGAGUGAGUAUCUUAUGGACCAAGUUAUUUAGUGUGACAAGACCUGAUCUCCCGGUAUUGCUGGCUUUUGAGAAUCUUUCUUAUCCGGUGCAUUUCAUUGAUAAGAAUAAUAGGAUCGUAGUAUGUUGUGAGGAAGUAUUGGCAGAUAAAAGAAACGUAGCCGUCAACAUCUACGUUAUUGGAGAGGAUGAGAUCAAAAGCCAAGAUGAGAUAGAACAACACCAACUAGGUUUUAGUUGGCCUUUUAUCUCCGGCUAUACAUAUCUUCCAAGUCUUGUUCCGGUUCCAUCAUCGGAGGAUAAUACACCAGAAUAA